AUGACCCUUGCGCAGCUCCAGGACCUCCAGGUCAUAGACCAGGAUGCCACAGACGACAGCUACGGCACAUACUACGACCAUCGGAGCGUGGAGCAGCUCCUCAGGUACGGCAUCAUACUGCUUGACAAGCCUCCAGGACCCACCAGUCACGAGGUGGUGGCCUGGGCAAAGAGGAUACUCAAGAUUCCCAAGGUGGGCCACAGCGGGACUCUGGAUCCACAGGUUACCGGCGUUCUGCCCCUGGGCCUGGGCGAAGCCACAAAGGCGCUGGGCGUCCUGCUUUUGGGCCCCAAGGAGUACCAUGCGCUGGGGCGACUGCAUGUCCUUCCCUCCGCGGCGCGCCUGGAUGACGUCUUGGCGCAGUUUACCGGCAAGAUAUACCAGAAACCGCCCCAAAGGUCGGCAGUGCUGCGCAGGACCAGGAGCAGGCACAUAUACGACAUGGACAUUCUUGAGCGAAAGGAGCGCCUGGUGCUGCUUCGCGUGUCGUGCGAGGCAGGCACCUACAUCCGCAAGCUGCUCUACGACAUGGGCGAGGUUCUGGGCCCCGGAGCGACCAUGGUGGAGCUGCGGAGAACCAGGGUGGAUCACUUUACUGAAGAGAACCUGGUGACGCUGCACGAGCUGGCAGACGCAUACGCAGUCUGGGAGGAGAGCCAGGACAGCUCCAAGCUCUGCGGCAUGAUCCACCCCGUGGAGUAUGCACUGCAGGGAAUCAAGUCGGUGGUGAUCCGCGACUCGGCCGUUGAUGCGCUGUGCCACGGAGCCCAGCUGGCAAUCCCCGGCGUACUUGAGAUAAGCCCCGGCCUGAAGAAGGGUGAUACUGUGGCAGUCUACACGCAGAAAGGCGAGGCGGUGGCACUGGCCGAGGCCACGCUUGACGAGCAGGAGAUCGAGGAGCUUACAAAGGGAUAUGCCUUUCAGACCAGGCGAAUCAUAAUGGGGGCAGGCACGUAUCCCAAGAGCUGGAGAUCCCCGCGCAAGCCUUCGGAGAAGUGA